AUACGAGCAGAAGCCAUGGCAACGGGAAGAUCAAAAGAGCGGUGCAAAUACUGGGACAAAUGCUACAGGACAAAUCCAGAUCAUUUUGAUAAGUGGCUGCAUCCGGGUGACUCGCCGUCAGGCCAGCGACGUGGGGGUAGUAGUCGACAUACAGGUAGAAGCUAUGACGAAGACCGCCAUAUUGACGAAGUAGUAAAGAACGUGAAAGACGGCCUUCCUUUGCGUCUUGUUCUCCUAGGGAAAACCGGCAAUGGGAAAAGCUCAACGGCAAACACAAUCCUUGAUUGUGACGAAUUCAAAGAAGGCGUUGGAUUUAAAUCGGAGACAACCACAAGUUCUUACGGUGAAACAUCAUUGGCUGGACGAAAAGUGACCGUCAUUGACACCCCGGGGAUAUGCGACACAAGUAAAGAUGAUACAGCAAUUUAUAAGCAAAUAGCACGUGGAAUGAUCCUCGCAAGUCCCGGGCCUCAUGUCUUUUGUAUUCUUGUUAAGAUUGAUCGUUUCACCGAAGAAGACGAAGAAGUUAUCGAAACGGUGAAGCGAUUCUUCGGCGACAACAUGUUGAAGUUUGCCAUUGUAGUCUUCACGAGGGGAGAUGAGAUUGAACGUAGCGGUGAAGACUUCAAGGCACUCCUAGAAGAUGCCCCACCUGGUGUGCAAAGCCUGGUCAAAAACUGCGGCAAUCGCUACUUCGUUAUCAACAAUCGUGCCGAUAAUAGGAAAGCGGAGGGCGAGAGGCUAGUUAAAUACGCAUUGAGGAAAGGACUAGGAAGCGACUUCUGCAAAGACCCGCAUGGACUUGCAAAGAAACUUCAAACAGCCGUGGCUAAAAAACAGCGUAAGAAGGGCCGUGUAGGAACCGAUGAAGAUCUGGCGAAGGAGUCUGCGCAAGAAAGUUCGGGGUUCGACCUGCCAGGCACUAUUUUGACCGUUAUGAAAACCGUCCUUCCUCCUCCCGUUGUUGCCGUUGCUGAGGGCAUAGUCGGCGCAGUAAAGGCAGACAAAUGCUGGGGAGAUUCCCCGCAGACCCCAUGUUAUAAACCGGUGUCAGAGUAAAUAAAGUCUCUCUGAAUGUAUGGUAAAGAG